CAAACUAAAAUGAGCAAUAGCCAUAAACAAGUGAGCUACAGUGUGUACGAAAAGCCAUUGCAUUAGAUAACUAUGAGCUUCAAUGAAGAUAUCAGAAAUGAUCUACAUCUAACAUCCACAGGAACAGGACACCAGUACAAGUCACCUUUGUUGUUCCCGCCUUCUGAUUUCAAGAGAAGUGUUAAAACUCCCUUACCAUUAUCAUUAAGGAAGUCUGACAAUGUUAAAGACUUCUACAUUACUACAACUGGCUCAUAUCAUGAUUUUAAACCUCAUAACCCACUGUUACAAAAGGAGUUAUAUAAAAAGGCUCCAGGUCAUUGGGGUGUAAAUUAUUUAGAAGAUACUGUCAGAAAGCUUCAAGUUAAACCUCAAAGAAAAGCCUUGACCAUGGGGAACCAGUCAAGUGAAAUGAAAUCUAAAUUUACUGGCAGCAAAGGGAUUUCUUUAAAUACACGCUUCUCAAGUGAUAUUCAACCACCAGUAUAUAAGCAUCAUCACAAGGAUGGUCCUCUAAAGUCUCUUGUCGCCUCCACGAAAAAUCCUGAACUUUCUGGUCGAAGAUACAACAUCCAAGACAAGGGAGUGCUUAAUUAUCACGGAGAUAUGUAUCUUACCACAACUCGUAAAGAUCAUCGCCCAUUUACAAAAAUGGAACAAAGCAAAUAUUCUAAAAAGAAUUAUGCAACAUAUUGGGAGUGUGAAUCGUAUCCCAAAGCUUGGGGUCAUGGUUCUCAGUGUAAUCCACUGCCACCAGAUUCAGUACAAAGGGAAAAAGGUCCGAUGCGGGAUUCGAUCUGGUUUAAGACUCCUACUAUAAUACCAAGGAUACCAAAACCUUUAGAUCCUGUUCCUCAUACUGGGAUGUGUUCGGAAAUAGCUGCGAAUUUCCGUGAUAUUACUCAUUCACAACGAAAAGACUUAUUUCACUGUCCUGUUCCUAGCCCAUGGAAAUUAAAAACUGCUGGCAAAGAAGAGAUCUUUAGCGUUCCUAAAAUGUACCGAACAGAGUAUCAGUCAAUUGCAAGUGGAAAGCCUGUACUCGUGUAGUAAAACUCCAAAAUGUAUAAAUUUUAAACUGGUGAUUAAAAAAAUAUAUUAUAACUUAUUGGCAGAUUUUCCAA